ACAUAACGAACAAGUAGCCAUGAAUUCCUUUGCUGUCGUUGCUUUCUUUGCCUGCGUGGCCGCCUGCAGUGCCGGUUUGGUAGGUCCAUCCGCCCACAUCCUGCAAGGACCCAGCAGCAAAACCACCCUCGUAGGGCCUGAAGGUAGUGUAAUCUCCGCUCAUGCCCCAGGAGGUCAAAUCGUACACGAAGAGCACCCAGGAUUCGUAGCUCACGCCGCACCAGUUCUUGCACACGCUGCUCCAGUUGUAGCUCACGCCGCCCCUGUAGUCUACUCUUCCCCUGUAGUAGCUCACGCUGCUCCAGUAGUAGCUCACGCCGCUCCAGCUCACUCUACCGUUGUUGCUCACUCCUCAGCCUACAAACACGAUAGUGUUGUCGUAGCUGGACCCUCCGGAACCAUCUCCACUGGACACGGAGCUCAUGCCGUUCCCGCCGUAGCUUACGCUGCUCCAGUUGUAGCUCACGCUGCUCCAGUUGUAGCUUACUCUGCUCCAGUUGUAGCCCAUUACGAUGUUGACAACAACGGUUACGAAGGCCAAUACGUACAUGACCACAGCGAAACUUUGUACGAUGAUGGAUCUUACAAACCUCAUCAUUAUCAUUAUUAGGGAGGAUUUGAAAAAAAUAAUUUAAGUGAGAUUGUGUCAUCACUAACUGAAUACUGUAUAUAAUCAGUCUAUUUGUAUAUAUUAUUUAUAUGUACGUAGCAGUGUAUUUUUUCAAAUUCAGUCUUCCGAGUCCACAAUCAAGUAUUAUAAGAAUCUAUUUAAUUAUUGUACCUAUCAAAAAUGCCAAAAAUGAAUAAUAAACAAUUAUAUUGUAUUGAAAUUCUUUGUAUUUCUUAACUAUAUUAUCAUAGACUUUACAGUUUGCCUACAGAAAAUCAUAUCUAACUUUAGCAAAUUUAUUGUAAAAUAUUUAUUAGCUUCAUGCAUGAUAAAAGAACUAUAUUAUUAAUUUUAUUAAAUUUGUCUUUAUAAGAAGAAAAUAUUUUGAGUGGUAAACAUAAAGUCAAGCUUUUUUAAAACUUAAUUUAAAUGUUUGAUGCCAAGCUUUCAUAAAAGCUUAGUUUUGUUUAAUUAUUUUCACAGCAUUCUUUGUGAUAUCAUUGAAUGACUUUGUUUAUUAUAUAAAUUAUAUUGGUUAUUAUAUCCAAAUCAAAAUUUAUACGAAGUAAUUAAAGAAAAGUAAUUUAAAAAUGCCGAAUAUUGACAAACAAAAAAUAGUAUUAUAAAAGUGUGA